AGUUGUUCUGUUUUCAGUCUCAGUCUGUCUGCUGACACAGUAGCGGUUUAGAUUUUGCUUCUUUCAGCCGGACCGCUUGAACCUCGUGUCUCUGAUAUUCAUCCUCUAAAAUCAAUCAUCUGAAGUCAUAAUGAAGAUAGCAGCCUUCAACGCCAAGAACCUGGGACUGAAGAAAGUCACAGACAGCUCUGUCGUCCAAAACCUCACCAAGAUCGUGUCUCGGUACAGCGUGGCGGUGAUACUGGAGGUGAUGGAUAAGAGUGGUGAGGCCAUGCAGAAGCUACACCAAGAGCUCAACAGCAGCAGCUCUAAUCGAGGCCGUCCCUACUCCAUGAUCACCAGCCGCCAGCUGGGACGAGACACCUACAAGGAGCGGUUUGUUUGUUUCUACAGGGAGGAUGAGGUGACCCUGAAGGCUCAGUACCAGUAUGAAGAUAAUCAAGCCGGAGACGUGGACGCCUUCGCCAGAGAGCCCCUCAUCCUGCGCUUCAGCUGUCCAGAUACAGUUGUGAAAGACCUGGUCCUGAUCCCAGUCCACACCAAACCAGAAGACUCACAGAAGGAGCUGGACGAGCUGCAUGACGUGGUGGAGGUGGUCAGGAAGAAGUGGAGGACAAAUAAAAUUAUGAUUUUGGGGGACUUUAAUGCAGAUGGACGUUAUCUCUCCAAGAAGAAGAAGGGGAAGAUCCGCAUCUGCUCCGCUCCUUACCAUUGGCUAAUAAAGGAUGAUGUCGACACAACGGCGAGUCACUUUAAUGACCACACCUACGACAGGAUCGUGGUGUACGGACACGCCAUGCUGGACGCCGUCGUCCCCAGCUCAGCCAAGCCUUUCAACUUCCAGAGAGAGUUCAAGCUGACCGAUGAGGAGACUCUCAGCAUCAGUGACCACUACCCUGUGGAGGUGGAGCUGAAAACCAAUCAGAAGCACAAAGCACCGAGAAAAAGGACGGCGGCUCUGCCUCGAACAACAAACACGACAUCCUCCAAAAAACAGACUCAGAUCAAAGGACCACAGAAGAAGAAGAAGAAGGCCGAGCCAGCAGGACCACAGAAGAAGAAGAAGGCCGAGCCAGCAGGACCACAGAAGAAGAAGAAGGCCGAGCCAGCAGGACCACAGAAGAAGAAGAAGGCGACAACAAAAAGGACGAGAGGAGCGUCAUCAGACGCGCCAGCCAAGAGAAGACGUUCGAACAAAUGAUGAAAAGACGGACUUUAGAGAUCUUGAGUCAGUUCAUAAUUUUAAAGAAAGGUUAUCAGAGAGAGAACUGUUUCAAGAAUAUAUGUAGAAUUUACAGCAAUUUCAUGUUAAUACCUCCUAUUACUGUAAUUUUUAUUAGUGAACUUUUCUGUGAUUUUCAUUUCCACUUUCAGCCCUGUCUUGUAAAUUUAAUUCACAGUAUUUGGCUUUCAUUAUAGCAAUCUAAUGGCAGCACUACAUUUGAUCUAUCUACUUAAAAUUUAGUAUAAAACAUUUUAUUUGAACAUCCAAACAGCCGCUAUUUUGAACGCACUUUAUUGGAUUGUCAACCUGGACAAUACUCCACCAUCCAGAUGCAUCUACUGUCUAAUUUUUAUUCUGCAUAACUUUUUUGAUCCUCUGAUGUGUAUCCUUUAUUAUUAUUUUGCUGUAUGCAACAAUUUAAGUUCCCUGGCGUGAGAUUAAUAAAGUCUGAUUGUAUCUUAUCUUAAUAAGACUUUAAUAAAAGUUAACAGAUACCA